GGUGGGCCCGGGUGCUGCGGCAGCCGCAGCGCCAGCCGCGGCUCGGGCUCCGGCUCCCGGGCAUUUAAAGGGGACGCGGCGGCUGCCCGGGGGGAUGGGGGGCAGGUGGAGGGGGCGACCCAGACGCACAUCAUCCACGGGCCCUCGGGACUGGAGGGACUCGUGAGCCGGAGCCCAGAAAUCCGGGGGUGGAUAAGACACCGCGUCCCCUCCAAUUCCCCCAUCUGGAGAAGCUCCUAGAUCCUGUCCCCCUUUUCUCUGAGGGACUCUUUUUGGUGACCACAAAAGGAUUUGGUCACUUAGGACAAAGCUGCCAGAGGAGCUCUGGACGACGGCUGGAGGCCGACAGAGUCCCUACAGGUGGUGCCCAGGGUGAUGCAGUGACAAUGAGCGGGUGUUUUCCAGUUGCUGGCCUCCGAUGCCUGUCUAGGGACGGCGGGAUGGCCGCGCAGGGCGCGCCACGCUUCCUCCUGACCUUUGAUUUCGACGAGACGAUAGUGGACGAAAACAGCGACGACUCGAUCGUGCGCGCCGCGCCGGGCCAGCGGCUGCCCGAGAGCCUGCGGGCCACCUACCGCGAGGGCUUCUACAACGAGUACAUGCAGCGCGUCUUCCAGUACCUGGGCGAGCAGGGCGUGCGGCCGCGGGACCUGCGCGCCAUCUACGAGGCCAUCCCCCUGUCGCCCGGCAUGAGCGACCUGCUGCAGUUCGUGGCCAAGCAGGGCUCCUGCUUCGAGGUGAUCCUCAUCUCGGAUGCCAACACCUUCGGCGUGGAGAGCGCGCUGCGCGCCGCGGGCCACCAAGGCCUGUUCCGCCGCAUCCUCAGCAACCCGUCGGGGCCCGACGCGCGGGGGCUGCUGGCGCUGCGGCCCUUCCACACGCACAGCUGCGCGCGCUGCCCCGCCAACAUGUGCAAGCACAAGGUGCUCAGCGACUACCUGCGCGAGCGGGCCCACGACGGCGUGCACUUCGAGCGCCUUUUCUACGUGGGCGACGGCGCCAACGACUUCUGCCCCAUGGGGCUGCUGGCGGGCGGCGACGUGGCCUUCCCGCGCCGCGGCUAUCCCAUGCACCGCCUUAUCCAGGAGGCGCAGAAGGCCGAGCCCAGCUCCUUCCGCGCCAGCGUGGUGCCCUGGGAAACUGCCACCGACGUGCGCCUCCAUCUGCAACAGGUGCUGAAGACGUGCUGAGGACGGCGGCCUGCAG